AUGGAGGCUGAUUGGGAUGAGAUUACUCGGAUUGCCGUGCCUUCGGCUGGCCUGCACGCAAUCCCUGCUCCAGCCAGUUCCAUUGCUUUUGACGAUCUACAGGAGCUUCUGUGGGUGGGGAAUGAUCAAGGACGAGUCACCUCGUUCUAUGGACCCGAGCUUCAACGAUAUGUCUCGGUCAAGGCUCACCUCGGAGAGGGGCCAGUCAAACAACUAUUAAUCCACGAAAAAGGCAUCAUUUCAAUCUCCUCUUCCAGUGUUCAUUUUAUUACCCGUAGAGGUCUGACCCAGUGGCAUAUUUCACACCCAUUGAUGACCGAUUUACGAUGCAUGACCCAAACCGCAUCCAAUAAUUCUCUCUUGGUAGCAGGAUGUCAGAGUACCUUUUUCAUCAUCGAUGUUGACAAAGGUCAUAUUGUCUCCGAGCAUCCCGCCCAAGCAAACUACACUCUGAUGAAGAAAAGCCGACAUAUAUGUGCUGCUACCGACGAUGGCAGUGUUCACGUUCUUAACUUGACCAGCUUUGAAUUACUGAAAUCGUGGAAAGCUCAUGCGACAGCAGUCAACGACAUGGAUGCCCGCAACGAUUUCCUCGUUACUUGUGGAUUUUCGGUGAGACAGCUCGGCGUCCCGAUAGUAGAUCCACUGGCCAAUGUCUACGACCUCAAGAACCUCACGUCCCUUCCUCCAAUUCCGUUCCACCCCGGCGCUGCAUACGUACGCCUACACCCAAAACUACAAACCACCAGCUUUGUUGCCUCACAGACGGGUCAAAUGCAAGUGGUCGAUCUCAUGAACCCCGUGAACGUCAUGCUCAAGCAAGCUAAUGUCCAAUUUAUGUUGGGCAUGGAAAUUUCGUCUUCUGGUGAUGCAGUCGUCAUCACCGACACCAAUGGCUUGAUCUACCUUUGGGGUUCUCCUACAAAACUUCGAUUCAAUAAUCUCAGUAAGGAGACCGAAUUUGCGGACCAACCCUCACAACAGAUCCCUCAUGUGGAUUGGAAUGAUGCACCGUUGAAUACCAUCGGCAUACCUUACUAUUCAGGGCCCCUCUUGUCAGCCUGGCCAAGUCAUAUGGUAUUCGACGUUGGCGCCCCACCUGUCCCUGUUGAUCCGGCUCUCUUAUUUCAUAUGCAAACGGCAGAGAUGGGUCACUACGCUCCCAAUCUCAACCCACGCAAACUGCUUCGUUAUCAAGUGGAGGAUACCCGUUCGGGUCAUGUACCCGCCUCCAUCGCAGCGCCCAAAUUUCUCAGUGAGAAGGCGAAGGAUGUCUCGCCUAAGAUCCAUUCAAAUGGCCGCAAGCUGUCGGACGCGGCCGAAUCAUUGGCUGGUAUAUCCUUGAACGGAAGAGGUCAAACGGACGAAGAACGAAUGCUCAAGUACAGCAAUGUCGAAAUCAAGUACAGCCGUUUUGGGGUGGAUGACUUCGAUUUCCGCUAUUACAACAAGACUCCAUAUUCGGGGCUGGAAACACACAUUGCCAACUCGUUUGUCAAUUCCAUUCUACAGCUAUACAGAUUCAUUCCCUUGAUCCGGAAUGUCGCGAUACAACACGCUGCGUCCCCCUGUGUUGCUGCCAAUUGUCUUCUCUGCGAAUGCGGAUUUCUCUUUGACAUGCUUGAGAAGGCCAGUGGCCAAAAUUGCCAGGCGACCAAUCUGCUGAGGGCUUUUGGUGCUUCUAGGGAAGCAGCCAAUCUCAGUCUAUUUGAGCACCUAUCCAACGCGAAUGGAACACCGCUCUCAACAACCAUUCAAUCAGUAAAUCGAUUCUUCUUAAAGCAGAUCGCACACGACUACUUGACCAUGAUGCCCAAGGGCGAUGGUAUAGAAGAAGUUCUCGCUAGCAACGCGUUCGAAGCGAUUCGCUGUAUGUAUUGUAACAAUGAGACAACCAAACCUGCGAGCACCUAUGUGCAUGAUCUUAUUUAUCCACAACUCGAUCCCAAACACGCCAUGCGGAACCCAAUCUUCAAGUUCGCAUCGAUCCUGAAGACGACGAUUGAGCGUGAAGCCAAAAACCGAGGAUGGUGCAGUCGAUGUCGCAGAUAUCAACAGUUGGCCAUACGCAAAACUGUUCGAAGGCUCCCAUCGGUGUUGAUGCUCAAUUCGGCGCUUGGAAAUCACACCAGUAUGCGUGGACUGUGGGAGACACCUGGUUUUCUACCCUCGGAGAUCGGCAUCACAAUACAGGAUAGGAACGUGUAUUGUUUUGAAGGCACUGAUCUGGCGCUGCACUUACGCAACAAGUCACCCAACAUGGUGGUAUAUGAACUGGUGGGAUUUGUGGCGGAAAUUGACACGAGUGAAAGGCAUCAACCCCAUCUGGUCAGCAUGGUCAAUGUUGAGGUUUCCAACCCUGGCCCAGAGGUGACACCCAAUCACAAAGUGUUUCCGAAUUGGCAUCUUUUCAAUGAUUUCCUGGUAACAUCGGUUGACCCCAGGGAAGCACUACACUUUAACAAAGGGUGGAAAUUGCCAAGCAUCAUUGCAUAUCAAGUGAAGCAGGCACAUGGGAAGUUGGAUCAGACAUGGAAGCAACACCUCGAUACCACUCUCCUUUUCCAGCACUAUAGCAUCAAUGGUCUGUAUCCAGGACCCGAGUGUAAGAUGCUGGUCCUUGGAGAACAUCCACAUGAAGGCACGCCAAUCGCUCUUGAUACCGAAUUUGUGGAGUUGGAACGCGCCGAGAUUGAUGUCAAAGCGGAUGGUAGUCAGGAAACGAUUCGUCCAGCCAAGAACGGGCUUGCACGAGUCAGUGUUCUUCGAGGCAAUGGAGAAGAGGAAGGUAUUCCAUUUAUCGAUGACUAUAUCACAAUAUUUGAACCCAUCGUGGACUACAAGACACAAUACUCUGGGAUUCGACCGGGAGACCUGGACACACAAUUAUCCAGCCACAAUCUCGUUCCACUCAAAGUGGCUUACAAAAAGUUGUGGAUCCUGUUGAAUUUGGGAUGUGUCUUUGUUGGACAUGGCCUUGCAUCUGAUUUCCGAAAAGCCAAUAUUCAUGUUCCGAAAGCACAAACGGUCGAUACACAAUACCUGUAUCUGGCACCUGGCAAGAACCGGCGAUUUUCGUUGCGAUAUCUUGCAUGGGCCGUGUUCAAGGAAUAUAUCCAAGAGGAGACAUUCGACGAUGCGCAGGUUGAUGGACAUGACAGUAUCGAAGAUGCUCGUAUGGCAUGGAGAUUAUGGCGGAAAUUCCUCGAGUACGAAGAUGCCGGAAUUGCGGAACAGAUGAUUGAAGACAUAUACCGCAAAGGGACCAAGUAUGGGUGGAAGCCACCGCCGAGGAGUAUCGGAGGCACAUUGUUGCCCGAUGGAAUGGGGACUGGAGUCAAUAGUGCGGCACAAAGUGGGAGAAACACACCAGACUUGAACUCGUCAUUACCCUUACCUACCUCACCACCAAGUUCGAAGAUCAGUAAUGGAAGCGGAGUGGCCUUCCGACUGAAUGCUGCAGGGGCAGGUACUUUUGUGCCAGGAAAUGGAAUACUGAAGGAAAGUCCACUGAGAUGA